AUGUUGAUUUCGAACGGAAGUGGAUUAAGUGCGGCAGGAAACGAUUUUUCUAGUGUGGCAGCCCUGUCGGGGUGUUGUCCCGUUCCCGUCACUCCCGCGGCACGAUCGGCGAUUGUUAAUUGGAAAAUGGACGCCGUCGGAUUGUCUAAUUCGGGUGCUAAUGUCUUACCGCCGACGGCCAUUUCGAUUUCACCCACAGUUUCUUCGUCAACUGUUAUACCUAGUCAAGUGUCUGUAGCGUCUUCGGUUUCGAUGCCUACUUCGCUAGGUCCUGCUGCUCUUCGAGAAUUAUACGGAAGCACGGCUACAACUCCAGGACAUCCUCUGGCUUCCUUAGUGUCUCAACAGAGGUUCCUGGAGUUGUCUAGGUUUGGACUUAGGCAUUACGACUUGGCUCAACACAUGCUGACUCAACAAGGGGCAGUGACAAAAUUAUUAGGAACAUUGAGGCCUCCCGGAUUAAUCGGGGGUAGUAAACCUAAAGUAGCAACCCCCGCGGUCGUAUCCAAAAUAGAGCAGUACAAACGCGAAAAUCCCACAAUUUUCGCAUGGGAAAUUAGAGAACGAUUAAUUUCUGAAGGUGUUUGUACAAAUGCAACCGCACCAUCGGUGAGCAGUAUAAAUCGAAUUUUACGUAAUCGCGCGGCCGAACGAGCAGCGGCAGAAUUUGCCCGAGCUGCCGGUUACGGUCUGUACCAUCCUCAUCCGUACGCUACGGCGGGAUUCCCCUGGCAUUCGCCUCUAUGGCCGAACGGUCCUUUAGGGAUACCAGGUCCUCCGAAUUCGACGAAUCCUAAUGUUAUGUCGUCCUCGCCGGUUUCGUCGGGUUCCCCGCAUCCUGAUACGGGUCUAAUGAGCUCCCCGCCUGGCUGCAACAUUGAUAAAGACGAUUCGAGUCUGGAUAGUUCGGAACAACCGAAAUUUAGGAGGAACAGGACUACUUUCAGUCCGGAUCAAUUGGAGGAAUUGGAAAAGGAGUUCGAGAAAAGUCAUUAUCCGUGUGUUUCGACAAGGGAAAGAUUGGCCUCGAAGACGUCGCUUUCGGAAGCUAGAGUCCAGGUUUGGUUUUCCAACAGACGGGCGAAAUGGCGACGCCACCAGAGGAUGAACCUUCUGAAGCAGUCGGACGGUUCGGGAAGAGGAACCCCUUCGAAUCAAUCGAUGUUCGGAGCCCGGCUGACGCCGUCGCCGCACUACAAGGGAGGUUCCACCCCUGGUUCGCCGCUUACUGCGCAUCUCGCCCCCCAUUCGUCGCUUCUCCUCGGUAUGGGAGGGGAGAAUAGCGCGUUCAAGGCUCUAGUACCGAACGCGCCAACGUCGGAUAGACUGAGAAGAUUGAGCGAUUACAUUUCUGAUUCCGAGGAGGAAAUAAACGUAAACGACGAAUCGGACCUGGAGGAGCCGACGGAGGAGAGGAUAUCGACGUGUUCGAGUCCGGUCGAGGUUGUCGAUGUGAUGGCGGCUUCAUCGAAAGAUCCACCCACGUGUCAACCGCUACAACUGACAAUACACAACAGGGACUAGCGAACGAGUUGAAUGAGUGUUUUCGGGGAAAAAAAUGAGUAUUUGCGCGAAUAAAUUUGACAGGGUUCUCUAUACGAGGGGCGGUUGAAGUAAAACUAACACAAAAUUAUUUUGUGAUUGAUUCGGAUUUUUUUUAUUUGUCCAU